AUGACCUGCGGAUCCGGAUUCAGUGGGCGCGCCUUCAGCUGCGUCUCAGCCUGCGGGCCCCGGCCCGGCCGCUGCUGCAUCACGGCCGCCCCCUACCGCGGCAUCUCCUGCUACCGCGGCCUCACCGCAGGCUUCGGCAGCCGCAGCCUCUGCGGGGGCUUCCGCGCCGGCUCCUACCGCAGCUUCGGGUACCGCUCUGGCGGCCUGUCCCGCCCCAGCCCGCCCUGCAUCACCACCGUGUCGGUCAACGAGAGCCUCCUCGCGCCCCUCAACCUGGAGAUCGACCCCAAUGCGCAGUGUGUGAAGCACGAGGAGAAGGAGCAGAUCAAGCAUCUCAACAACAGGUUUGCUGCCUUCAUUGACAAGGUGCGCUUCCUGGAGCAGCAGAACAAGCUGCUGGAGACCAAGCUGCAGUUCUACCAGAACCGCCAGUGCUGUGAGAGCAACCUGGAGCCCCUGUUCGAGGGCUACAUCCAGACGCUGAGGCGGGAGGCCGAAACUGUGGAGGCCGACAGCGGGAGGCUGGCCUCGGAGCUCAACAGCGUGCAGGAGGUGCUGGAGGGCUACAAGAAGAAGUAUGAGGAGGAAGUUGCUCUGAGAGUGGCAGCCGAGAACGAGUUUGUGGUUCUGAAGAAGGAUGUGGACUGCGCCUACCUCCGCAAGUCAGACCUUGCAGCCAACGUGGAGGCCCUGGUUCAGGAGAUUGACUUCCUGCGGAGACUGUAUGAGGAGGAGAUCCGCGUUCUCCAAGCCCACAUCUCAGACACCUCGGUCAUCCUCAAGAUGGACAACAACAACCAGGACCUGAACUUGGACAACAUUGUUGCUGAGAUCAAGGCUCAGUAUGACGACAUUGCCAGCCGCAGCCGGGCUGAGGCUGAGAGCUGGUACCGCAGCAAGUGUGAGGAGAUCAAGAGCACAGUGAUACGGCACGGGGAGACCCUGCGCCGCACCAAGGACGAGAUCAACGAGCUGAACCGCAUGAUCCAGAGGCUGACGGCCGAGAUCGAGAAUGCCAAGUGCCAGAACUCCAAGCUGGAGGCUGCAGUGACCCAGGUGGAGCAGCAGGGCGAGGCGGCCCUUAAUGAUGCCAAGUACAAGCUGGCGGGGCUGGAGGAGGCCCUGCAGAAGGCCAAGCAGGACAUGGCCUGCCUGGUGAAGGAGUACCAGGAGGUGAUGAACUCCAAGCUGGGGCUGGACAUCGAGAUCGCCACCUACAGGCGCCUGCUGGAGGGCGAGGAGCAGAGACUGUGUGAAGGCGUUGGCGCCGUGAAUGUCUGUGUCAGCAGCUCCCGGGGCGGGGUGGUCUGCGGGGACCUCUGCGUGUCCGGCUCCCGGCCGGUGACGGGCAGCGUCUGCAGCGCCCCUUGCAGCGGGAACCUGGUGGUGAGCACCGGCCUGUGCGCGCCCUGCGGCCCCUGCAAUUCCGUCACGUCUUGCGGCCUGGGCACCGGCGGCGUGGGCUCCUGCGGCAUCAGCUCCUGCGGCGUGGGCUCCUGCGCCGGCAGCUGCCGCAAAUGUUAG